AUGCCACGACCAAAUUCAGCUCAAUCUGAACAAGAAGACAAUACUGAUUUACUUAUGAUGGAAGAAUAUGAACGAUUAAGUAACCAGCUGAGAAUAUUACAAAAUGAACGCCAAAAACAAAAUGAAGAAUUCAAUGUUAAAUUAGGAAAAUAUAAAAAAGCUACAGAAAUGCUGGAAAAAGAAAAUGAAGAAAUAAAAUGCCUUUUAACACUUGUUGAUAGUGAGCAAAAUAGGAAACAAGAUUUGAAGUGUAUUGAACAGUUGAAACAAAUUUUACAAGAACAAGAUAAUUUACAACUACAAACUGAUGAAUUAAAAACUUACGGAAAAAGAUUAGACAAUGAAACGCGUAAAAUUGAAAAGUUAAUUCAAGAGAAACAACAAAUACGUAAAAUACAGGCAAGAAAAGAAAUUGAAGCGGUUGAAUUAAAAGUACAAGUUGAAAAAAAGCUUAUAGUUAUGGAAAAUAAUCUACAUGAGAAAAAUAUGAAAUUCUGUGAAACAUUAGCAUAUAAUAAUAAAAUUCGUCAUGAAAUUGAACGUGCACGAAAUGAACGAAAUAUUUACUAUUCAAUACAACAAAAAUUAAAGGAUAAAUUAACACAUUUAAACAAAUUGAAGCUAAAAUUAAUUCAGCAUGCUACUAUUACUUACGAUCAAAGAACAGAUGCAAAGAAUAAAAGUAAUGCAUUAAAAGAAAAGAAUGAUAAAGAUACGGCAGCAUUUGAAAUUGAAAUUAAAGAUUUACAAAGAAUUAUUGAUCAUAAUGAUAAAUUAAGGAAGUUUAUGACCAUUAAAGCAGAUGAACGCAAUGAAUGGAAACAACAAGCAGAGACAAGAAGACGGAAAUACGGCUCCACUGGUGAAAUAGCACGUCAACAAAGAAGUAAAAAAAUUCAAGAAUAUGAAUCAGCAAUAAAUCAGCUACAGACGAUAACUGGAAAGACGGACAUCGAUAAUAUGACUAGAUAUUACAAGCGUAAUGAAGAUGACAAUUUUACACUUUUCAAAUAUGUUACUGAAUUAAAUAACCAGAUUGAAUGUUUAAACGAUAAUAUUGCAAGUAUAGAGAAAACAAUGAAAGAAUAUCAUGAAGAGCAGAAAAUAGUUGAGAAACAAAGAAAUGAUAAGAUGAACGAGUUGAAAAUGCAAACCGAUUCGGACAAAGAAGCGGCUAAUACAGCUGAAAGCCGCGCCACUCAUAUACACACACUACUAGAUCAAAUUAAAGCAGAAAUAAAACAAUUAGCCAUAAAAUUAGGCUGUGAUUUAUCAAGAAUAAUUGGAAUGCUUGGUGGUGAUGGUGAUCAAAUAACAGAAAGAAAUUUAAUGCUUUAUCUUAGUGUACUGGAACAGAAAGUGGAUGAAUUGUUGUCAGUAAAAUGUUAUGCUCAAACUAAGGGACAUGGAGAUGAGCUGAGCACAGAUGAGAUGAAAAUUAUUAUGGCGCCUAGUUUUACAGAAACAUUGAAAUCAAACAGAGAUACGUCAUUAACACUACCUUCCUUAAUGGAUGAAGAUGACACUAAUGAAGAUAAUGAUGAUGAGGCACAAGUUUCACUGCGUCCAUUAUCACAAGCUGAAAUUAUCAGUCGUGUUACACGUCAAUUACAAAAAUUAGAAAUGAAACGUGAUUCAUCUCUUCAUCCAACUAAAAUAUUCAAUAGUAGAGUAUCAUCACCUAGCCGACGAUCAAAAGUUCGAGCAUAG